AAGCCACGUGUAGAAGCAGAGGGAUAAAUUGGUUGGUAACACCAAUAUUUCUCUACUGCGAAGAAGGAAAACGAAGAAAGUAUCAACAUGCAGAUAAAAAAAAGGGAAAAAGCCCUCUUUAUGACCACCGGUUCCAUAUUUAAACUCCACUGCCUCUCAACCAUCACAGUCCCUUCGUCUCCUUAACAAGCGCUCUCUCUCUCUCUCUCUGUCCCUCUUCUUCCUCUCCAUCGUCAUUGAAAACCCUUCACAAUGUGUAAAUUUCAAACCCGCUGCCUCCUAAAAGUAGACGACGAAUCAGAGCAGGCGACCGACCAGGACCAAGAUGAGUCCUCACGCGAGCACACCAUUCUCACCCCGCUCAUGGACCCCAAGAACUCUGUCCACAAGGACGUCGCCCGCCUGGAACGAGGCUCCGCGGACCAACCCGAGCCGGAGCUCUCCAGCUACGUGAAGGAGCUGGCGGCCAUGAGCGGCAUAGCCGUCCCCAUGGUCCUAAUGGGCCUGCUCCUCUACUCCCGAACCAUGGUCUCCAUGCUCUUCCUGGGCACGCUCGGCGAGAUGGAACUCGCGGGCGGUUCGCUCGCCGUCGGCUUCGCCAACAUCACCGGCUACUCCAUCAUCUCCGGCCUGGCAAUGGGGAUGGAGCCCAUCUGCGGCCAGGCGUUCGGAGCCAAGAAACAUUCCCUCCUGGGCCUAACUCUCCAAAGGACCAUCUUGGUCCUGCUUUUCAUCUGCUUCCCCAUCUCCCUCCUGUGGCUGAACAUGCACAAAAUCCUUCUCUUCUGCGGCCAAGAUGAAGCCAUAAUCGAGGUGGCCCAAUCCUACAUUAUCUACUCCCUCCCCGACCUCUUCGCACAGACUCUGCUGCAGCCGCUUCGAAUCUACCUCCGGACGCAAACCAUCACCAUGCCCAUCACCUACUGCGCGUUGGCGGCCAUGGUCUUACACGUUCCCAUCAACUACUUGCUUGUAACCGUCCUCAACAUGGGCAUUCGAGGAGUUGCUCUAAGCGCGGCUUGGACUAACAUCAACAUAGUCGUCUGCUUGCUCUGCUACAUCCUCUUCUCCAACUCCUGCACAUCUUCGUGGGUGAGCCCAUCGAGGGAGUGCCUCAAGGACUGGCGCUCCCUCCUCAACUUGGCCGUGCCGAGCUGCGUUUCCGUGUGCCUGGAAUGGUGGUGGUACGAGAUCAUGAUCCUGCUGUGCGGGCUGCUUCUGAAUCCCAAAGCGACGGUGGCGUCGAUGGGCAUUCUCAUACAGACCACGUCCUUCAUCUACAUCUUCCCUUCCUCCCUGAGCUUCGGGGUUUCCACGAGAGUGAGCAACGAGCUCGGCGCCAACAAGCCGGAAAGGGCAAAGAAAUCGGUGGUGGUGGGGCUUUGCUGCAGCUUCGUGCUGGGUUUCGCAGCCCUGUUCUUCACGACCAUGGUGAGGAAGAGGUGGGCCAGGAUGUACACCGGCGACGGCGAGAUUAUGAGGAUCACGGCGAGGGUGCUGCCCAUCAUAGGGCUCUGCGAGUUGGGGAACUGCCCGCAGACGACGGGGUGCGGGGUGCUCAGGGGGACGGCGAGGCCCAGGACGGGGGCGAACAUCAACCUUGGGUGCUUCUACCUGGUGGGGAUGCCGGUGGCCGUGGGGCUGGCUUUCUACGGCGGCUUCGACUUCGAGGGGCUGUGGAUGGGGCUCAUGGCGGCACAGGGGUCCUGCGUGGUAGCUAUGAUGGUGGUCAUCUGGCGCACGGACUGGGGCAUCCAGGCGGAGAGGGCGCAACUCCUGACGCGUAAGGACGGCGUCGCCGAGCGCCGGUCAGUUGGUGGGGGCGGUGGUGAGGUGUCCGGUGGACUCGCGAGUAUUAAAAUCGUGGAAGAAUAGUGACUCAUUUUUUUUUUUCCAACAAUAAUUUUGCUUAGUUCACUUGUUUAUUUUAAUAUAACAUAGGCUGCGGGUCGUUCUGACAUUUUAUGUGCAGAUUCUCAGGCGGCCCCUUUUUUCGUUUAUUUUUCUUCUUUUUACCCCCAUUCUUAAAUCUUUUUAGCUUUUCUAUUUUUUCUAAAUACGAGAGAAAUGUCUGGUAAAGAACUUGUGGGGGAGAGGGAGAUGUAACAUGGUUUUGUUUUGUUUGAUUUUAGUAUCAUGAGUUGGAGAUUUUGUUUUCCUUUGUAGAGGGAGCAGGGUAACACUGUAUUUGUUCUCUUCCUUGGGUCCCAUGUGAAGCUUUGGUUUUGGACGCCACAGCAAUGUAGU